AUGGGGAAGAAAGUAAGUCAAUCUUCCCUGAGAAUAUCUAAGAAUGACAACAACAGCAACAACAAAGAGCUAAACAGCCUCGUAAAGGUCUUGAAGCCCAAAGUCUACAUCGCAGACUCUUCAAGCUUCAAAACACUUGUUCAAGAGCUUACUGGCAAUGGAAACCCCCUUUCUCUCUCAUCCCCACCUCCUUCGGCUUCUACAUCAUCACCAGCACAAGAAAACCCAUUCUUCAACAUUGAAGAUCAUGGGUACCAAGAAAGUUCCUUUCAUUCAUUAGAAAUAAGCAUACCAAACCCUUUCACCCACUUAGAAAGUUCGUCUGGACAGAGCAUACAGAGAUCAUUCAAUGCUUCAGAAACCUCUUCGGCAAUGGAGUCCCAUAUUCAGAUGGAACUUCCACAUUACAGUGAUACAGAGCCAUGGUUUUCAGAGAUGGAGCCGUUGCCUUUCUAUGAUAGUUUCACUCCAUUAAUUCAGCAGGAGGUCUGUGACGUCUGUCUCUAUGACUAUGACUAUGAUUAUCAGUGCUUAUAUGAUAAUCUUUGA